CACGCAGUGUACGCAUGCUCGUCAUAAGCGGAACUGCUCAGUGUAGCAGGGAAUUGGCUUAGUUAAAUAGUGCACUAUCGGACACAAAGAUGGACCGUCAACCUUAACUGCGGUGAACGAUUUCAUUGGACUGGACGGUGUAGAAGAAGAGCGUGCUUGUAACGUUACAGUAGCUCAUAAAGAAUCCUACACAAUGAUGCGUUUCAUGCUGCUAUUCAGCCGGCAGGGAAAGCUGCGGCUGCAGAAGUGGUACACAGCCACAGCUGAGCGUGACAAGAAGAAGAUGGUCAGAGAGCUGAUGCAGAUAGUGCUUGCUCGCAAACCAAAGAUGUGCAGCUUUCUAGAAUGGAGGGACCUCAAGAUAGUCUAUAAAAGGUAUGCCAGCCUGUAUUUCUGUUGUGCAAUUGAAGAGCAGGACAAUGAGCUGAUCACACUGGAAAUCAUCCACCGCUUUGUAGAGUUGCUGGAUAAAUACUUUGGCAGUGUUUGUGAACUAGACAUCAUCUUUAACUUUGAGAAAGCCUACUUCAUUCUAGAUGAAUUCCUGAUGGGAGGAGAGAUCCAGGACACAUCUAAGAAGAGUGUCCUCAAAGCUAUUGAACAAGCUGAUCUACUGCAAGAGGAGGAUGAGCCACCUAGAAGUGUGUUGGAGGAGAUGGGUUUGGCAUAGUACACAGCAGUGUUGUGAAUGACUAAGGCAGAGGCCUGGAUAAGAAGGAGGAGGACAGAAUCUGGGAUUGAACAUUUUUGGACUGACAACUGUAGUUAUGUGGCUCUGGGGACUGAUGUACAGUGUUAAAAGAUUCUAUGUUUGUACAUGUCUUUUAGUAGUUGUGUGGACAAAUUUUAUUUUGAUACCAUUGUUGUGAGGACAUUUUGGCCUGUCCUCUCAAUGUAAAAGGGCUCUUUAAAGGUUAAAGAAUAAGGCUGGUCAUUUCUAUAUAUAUUUUUAUUUCUAAAAGUCAACUGCACAUGUGCAAGAUCUCCAUGAAAGCAUGAGGAGCUAGCAGACUGUAAACAAAGCAGAGAGCUUGCAUGGUGAUCUUGCGCAUGUACAGCUGACCCUUGUACCAUUGCUUAUUAACACUUAUCCAAAUUCUAAAGGUAUUUCCCGAAUCCUUAUAAAUUCUUCUAAUGAUACAUGAGGAUUCAGGAAAUACCUUCAGAAUUUGGGUGAGUGUUAUGAAAUUAAGGUAUGGGGUUAAAAUGUUUGGGAAGUUUCAGUUGCAAAAGCUCAUGGAAGAUGAGCUCUCUGACUCGAGUGUAUGCAAUACAUGAGUCACAAGCUGGGGCUCAUCUAGCCCUUUCUUACUUCAGAUUCUGUAAAAACAUACCGUAUGGCUGUUUGGAGCUUUUGGGGCAACAUUUUUUAACAAAUAUGCAGGUAUUGUGUUUUGUAAUAAAGAAGUACAUCACCCACUGAAGCAGUGUAUUUUAAUGGUGUUUUUAAUAGUUUUUGAACAAUAAUGGGCAUCUGUGACACAAACAAAUUAGCUCAUCCAGGUUUGAGAGUGAGACAUUAUUAGUGAGUUUAGAGGCAAUUCAUUGUUGAUUUUAGUUUCUGUAUGGGAAUUGUUGAAAAUUCUAUUAAUAUAGUAAGUGACCAGCCUCAUCCUUUAAUAACCCUAACCCUUUAAAUAAUUUUUGGCAAACCAUAACUUAACCAUAAGGUAAGGGUUGGAUUUUAGGCAUUUAGUUGUGAUGUUUACCUUAUGGUAAGGUUAAGAAAACAUUAUGUGACCUCAAUUAUAGAAAGGUUUGUGUGUGUGAGUGAUUGAAACAGUUAAGACAAGAACCCAUUGUGGAUACAACUUAAAACUGUAGUGAGACAGGCUGGUGGUUUGUCUUUGCUUCAAAGGGCUGGUUGAACAGUCACACCUUGUUGUCAAUGUUAGGUACUGAAUGUGGACUGAGAGUAGUUCAGGGAUUUCAGUAGCAAGACAAAAAAAAAUUUACUCUGUCACUCAAGUGAAUAAGUCUUAUGUUGGAUUUUUUCU